CGGCAGCAGUUUUGGGUUUCUCCUAAACUCCCAUCGUUCUCCCACACUGGAGCUUUUCAAUCUCUCGGAUGGAGAGAAAGAGGAUGAAAAAGCGCGAGCGGACAGAUCGAGGGGUUGAGAAGCGGCGACCAUGACAACACAUGAAAUCUGAGCGGCUGACAUCUGUGUCUCUCUCGUUCCCUCUGUCCCUCUCAAUCUCCCUCUCUGUUGUUUCUUUGACUCGCAUCCAGCAAACAACCCACAAGCUUUCAUUUCAUAACAGUCUCCGACAAGUCUGAUGACCUCACACGGCCCUCGACAUCAUCUUUGAUUUCAAACCGCAACGACUGACCACAGCAGAAGUGUGAAUAAAGUCUCUUUAAAACAGCAAGACUGACUUAAGUCCAACCCUGCUAUGAUAGACUCAUCAUAUCACAGCACCCACACACACUUCUGACCAACAUUUUCCUCCUCUCUUUCUUCUGACUGUUCGAAUUGAGCGUAUUUGUUUUUGAAAUCAUGUCUUGCUUCCUGUCACUGCACCUCUUGCCACAUCCUGAGAGGCUGUCACAGUUGACAAGCUCACAUGCAUUUCCUGCAUCUCAACAUCUUGUGCAUAAAACUAUUAGAGGUCGGCUACAACCAUGGUGAGCUUCUGUCCUAUAUGUGGGAAACCUGUUUAUUUUGGUGAGAAGAAGAGGUCAUUGGGACGGGAUUAUCACCCAUUAUGCUUGAAGUGUCACAAGUGUAAAAGACAGCUAACACCUGGUCAGCAUGCAGAGCACGAUGAGAAGCCAUACUGCACUAACUGCUACAUGAGAGAUUUUGGACCCAGAGGUAGCCGAAAUCCUGUUGCUCGGACCUUUAACACAGCUGCUUCUUAAGAGAGAUCCUGCAAUCUUGAGAAACACACAGCAUCUAGAUCUACAACACAUCUACAGUGUCUUUACACUGCCACGCACAGUAAACCAUUGGAAAAUACAGCCAAGUUGAUCUCUCCUAACCACAGAAUAAAAUAUAACUCCGCCCUUAUGUUUCCAUUCAUCAUAAUCUCAUAAAAAUAGCCAGAACUUACCAAACCAACAGCCAUCCACGUUGGCAUUCUCUCAGGGAACUGAACUACUUCCCAUGUUUAUUCUAGAAAUCUCUUGCCAUGCUUUCAAAGUUAUGGCACUUCACUGAACAUUAUUCUAGAAUUAAGUUGUGUCUUUCCUGUUUCAUCAUUUCCUGGCCUUUAGAAUGGGAGAUGCAGACAAACUAGUUAUGAAAAGUAUUGGCAUGUAUCUCGUAUAUAAACAUCAUGUGUUUUUGGUUUAAAAAUACAAAGUCAACACUCUGUAUACCAUUAAUUAAUUGAUUAACUUGAAACACAAUGUAAUUUUUUGUGCAUUCUGUUAUUGUUUGUUCUUUUUUCUGGGAUUUUGAGGAUCAGAGACAAUAAAACAAAGGGUUUUUUUCAUGAGCCAGCAAAUGUACAAAGGAAAAAUGACAAUAAUUAAUCAUUGUGUCUUUUUAAUUAGAAGCAGAAGCUUGCGUCCCAAACCUCAUGGCGCAUAUGUGAUGGCUUUAUCAUUUUUGUUAGUUCAGGAAGAAUACAUAUUUGAUUUUAUCUGUUUUUUUUUUUUCUCAUUAGUUCAUUGAACAGGAGUGUCACUCAGAGCUGCCAGCUAUCAUAUUGUCAACUAAUUAAAUCAGAAGUAUAAUUUCAUGUCUCUUAUCCUCAAAUCCAUGAAAUAAACUGUAAAAAAUUAAUAAUUUAAUAACUAUGUUUUUAUUGAACGCUUUUUAAUGAAAAUUGGAUUUGAAUAAAGAUUUAUACCUCAAAAUG